AUGGCUGAGAAUAAGCCUGCGGUCGUCUGCGUCUUCUGUGGCGCAACGUCAGGCAAGGACCCCGUUCACAUGGGAGCAGCUCGCGCGCUUGCCUACGAGUUUCACAAACACAACAUCCGUCUAGUAUAUGGCGGCGGUACCACCGGCUUGAUGGGCGAAGUCGCCAAAACACUCGUCUCUCUGAGUGGCCCCAAGGCCGUUCACGGCGUAAUUCCUCGCGCAUUGGUCAAAGUCGCCGUCAAGGGUGUUGGGAAUCCCGCAGACCACAGCAAAGCCAAUGGCAAUGGUGUGUCUCCCACAGGAGGAAAGGCGGCGGAACGGGAGGUCUCCGAAGCUCUGGAGGGUGAGGAGAUUCCAGAGUCUGAAUACGGAGUCACGACUAUUGUUCGGGAUAUGCAUACGCGCAAACGGAUGAUGGCCGAGCUGGUCUUGCAAGGUGGACCUGGUUCUGGAUUUGUGUCGCUGGCGGGUGGAUUUGGUACGAUCGAGGAAGUCAUGGAAAUGACUACUUGGAACCAGUUGGGCAUUCACCGGGUUGGCGUGGUAUUAUUGAACAUCAAUGCGUAUUGGGAUGGUUUGCUGGCGUGGGUGCGUAAUGCCGUGGAGAAUGGGUUCAUCUCGGCAGAGAAUGGAGCCAUCCUGGCAGAGGCGCGGACGGUCGAGGAAGUGGUGCCCAAGUUGUUGCAGUAUCAGUGCAGUGCUGAUCGCUUUGCCUUGAACUGGGGCGAGGAAUAG